CGUGUUCCCAAAUUAGGUAAUGCUUGAUGAACGAAAUCUAAAAAUUAGUGUAAUUAAUAUACUGUAAAAUAAAUUAUUUUAAUAUUUCAGAUUUUCCGAAUUACUAAAUGGCUCUAUAAAUCUGAUGAUAAUAAUUGUUGAAUUAAUCCAGAGUUAAUAUUUAACAAUCUUAUUUAUAUAAACCCAAUAUCUUUAAUUUUGUGUGUAGAAAUUUAUUCUUUCUUUUUUUCUUUAUUUAGUCUUCAAGAAACAUUUAUUUCUUUAAUUUUUCUUCCAUUAAUAGUUUUUCAGAAUUUUGAAUUAUCUUCUUCCUAAAAAGUUGUCAUUUUUGAAUCUAGUUAAGCAAAAUGUCAAAUAUUAAUGAAAAGAAAGUCUCCGACCUUGGUUCGGUUGUGUCUGUCAACGAAGAUGAUACUGUCUCUGACAAAACUCUCAUUGAUAUGUAUGAGUUAGAAGGUGAUGAUGAUGUAUUAACUAAAAAGAUGAAAUUAAUUAAUGAUGCCAUAGAUGAAAUCGGAUUCACACCAUAUCAUUUGAAAUUAUUCUUUCUUAAUGGUAUGGGUUAUUGGACUGAUACUCAAUUGACAUAUAUUGAAUCAAAUGUCAGAACUUUUAUUAAUUAUCAAUUUGGUUAUACAUAUGCUAUCUCCAAUGAAAUGUUGGCUGCUGGUUUAUUGAUUGGUGCAUUAUUUUGGGGGUUCUCAGCUGAUUUAAUCGGUAGAAAAGUAGCUUUCAAUCUUUCCUUAUUCCUUUCUGCAAUCUUUACUAUUUUAACUGGUACUAUGGGUACUAUGGCUUCUUACUGUAUUUUUGUGUUCCUUUGUUGUUUUGCUGCUGGUGGUAAUUUAGUAUUAGAUACUUGUGUAUUUUUGGAAUAUUUACCUCAUAAAGAUCAAUGGUUAUUAUCCUUUUUUGCUUUUUUCUGGAGUAUUGGUCAAAUUGUGGCCGUGCUAUUAGCUUACGCUUUCUUACCUAAUAAUUCAUGUGAAUCUGCUGAUUAUUGUCCUUCUCAUAUUAACAGAGGAUGGAGAUAUGUUUAUUAUGUUAAUGGUUCUAUUGUCUUAGUCAUGGCUAUUGCUCGUGUUACAUUUAUCAGAUUAAAGGAAACUCCAAAAUUUUUGGUUUCUAAUAAUAGAGAUGCAGAAGCCGUUCAAAUAUUACAGGAUAUUGCUACAAAAUACAAUAGAACUUGUUCUUUAACUCUUGAACAAUUGACUGAAUUGGGUGAAAUUUCAUCUAAUGAUGAUUAUAGAAAACAUCAAUCUAUUAAAGGUAUUUAUACAUUAGUUAAACAUCAUUUAGCUAUUUUAUUUGCCAACAAAAAAAUUGGAAGAUCCUCAGCUUUAGUAUUCCUUUCCUGGUUCUUAUUAGGGAUCUCAUACCCAUUAUAUUCUUCCUUUUUACCUCAAUAUUUGGCCAGUAGAGGAGCUAAUAUUAGUGCUUCAACCACUCAAGGUGUUUAUCGUGAUAAUUUAAUCAGUAAUGUUGUUUCUUUGGCCGGUCCGAUAAUUGCUGGUGCUUUACUUUACUACUUCCCAAGAUUAGGACGUCGUGGUGUCUUAUGUAUUGGUGGUAUAUCAGGUAUGGCUUUCUUAUUCGGAUAUACUGCUAUUAAAAAUCGUGCUCAAAAUGUCGCUCUUUCUUCGAUUUCUUUCGCAGCUAUCUAUAUUUAUUAUGCCGUUUUAUAUGCUUAUACUCCAGAAGUUAUGCCAUCUGCAGCUAGAGCUACUGGAAAUGCACUUGCUAUCGCUAGUACUAGAGUUGCAACUUGUAUUGUGCCUGUCAUUGCUUAUUUCUCAAAUACUAGUUCUCAAGUACCUAUUUGGAUUUGUGGUGCAUUUGUUGGUGUUAUAGGAUUAUUAGCUUUAUUAUUCCCAUUCGAACCAUCUAAACAUCGUGUUGUUUAAUGGGGGCAUAUCGUGUGAUAGGUCUCGAAAAAACUCCCUUUUUUGCAACUGGUUUGCUAAUUAAUACAUCAAAAAAAAAUAAAAAAAAAUAUAGCUCAAAAAUUUUUAUCGCAACCAAAUAAAAUGGGAGCUGGGUUGGAAGGUUAGAACAAUGUGUACAUAAGUUAAGGUAAUACACUAUUUAUGGUAAUUCGUCAGUUACAAUUGUUGUAAUUACUUGUCAGUAUUUUUUAAUAAAUUUAAUUCUUCAUCGAUCUUCUCUUACUAUCAACUUCAAAAAAAGCAUGGGGUAAUUUUUGCUGUAAUUGUAAUUGUAAUUGUAAUUGUGCUUGUGCUUGUGCUUGUGCUUGUGCUUGUGCUUGUGCUUGUGCUUGUGCUUGUGCUUGUG